AUGAAGAAUAGACGUAUCUCUACAGUGAGUCAAACCGAAUCAACACAUACAAAAAGUGCACAGAAGAGUAAUAAGAGUACAGAAUCUACUAAUACUACAGUAACAACAGCAACAGCAAUAGCAACAGCAACAACAACUCCUCCUCCAAUCACCACGAAAGCUAAACAACAUCGGAAUACACUUUCACAUAGUCCUAUAUCCUUAAUUGAUAUGUUAGCAGGACCUAUUUGUCAAACCCAACAGUUUGUUUUUCUUCGGCCUACAGCACAACUUGCAAUGGCUGCUCAACGGGCAGCUGUGGAAGAUUUACAUACAUUAUGGAAACGAUUGCGAAGAGCACUUUUAGAAACACUUUAUGCAGAGGAAAUCUUGUUACCCACACUUUAUGCAGAAGAGUGUAUGUUACCUACAUUAAAUAGAAUGGAAGUUCAAAAACCAACAUUACAGGCAUAUGAAUAUAGAAAACCUUCUUUUUAUGCAGAGGAAUUAAAGAAACCUUCUUUAUAUGCAUAUGAAUAUAGAAGACCUUCUUUAUAUGCAGAGGAAUUAAAGAAACCUUCUUUAUAUGCAGAAGAAGUGGUAAACCCAACAGCUCCACGUGUAAAACUACCAGAUCCCGAAACUUAUGAAAGUCCAUAUAUGCAAGAUGAUGGUUUUAUUCUAGAUGUAAAGAAUACCCAUUUCCCUCCAACCAUAACAACGACUGGAAAUAUUCUUACAUUAGAUGAUGUUCAUCUUCAACUUCCUAUUUUACAAGGACACUAUGUAGGUCGUGAGUAUGCUCGUGUAUGGAAAAGACGUCAAGAACAAUUACAAGCAUAUCUUCCCCUUCCUCCCUUAUCUGGACAAAAAAUACAUGCAGAUAGUAUAGAAUUACGAAGAGGUCAAUGUAAAUCAUCACUUCGUGAGAAAUCCCCUUCUCUCUAUCGUACACAUGAUCCGGAUAGUGAUAAUAACAAUACCCCUUCCUUAGUGUUGGCCCCGUGGGAGGGAGGCACAAAUGCCGGUGUGGCGGGUGGUCCAUCUUCACAUAUGCAGAGUCGUAAUUGUAGUGUUACCCCAACAAACACAACAACAAACACAGUAAUAACAACAACAGCAAUGCAGUCAAACUCACCGUGUAGGAGUAGUUAUCAGAGUUGGAAUAGUUUUUCACUGCUCACACCAAAGGUUACUUCUACAGAGGCGACACCCAAGCGAAGCCGUCAACAUCAAUAUCAAUAUCAUCAUAAUCAACAAAACUACAAAUUACGACUAUCAAAUGAUGAAAUGGAAAGAGAAAGAGAAGAAAAAGAGAAGGAAAAAGAAAGUUCACCGUAUGUAUUAUAUGCAGUUGGAGGGAUUAAUAAUAAUAAUAAUAAUAAUAAUAAUAAUAAAGAGGAUGAAAGAUCACACGCCGUUGGUGUUAUUAUGGAUUCUAAACGAACUCAUAGUCAUACAGGGGAAUUCAAUCGAAAUAUCGCCGUUAAACAACAACAACAACAACAACAACAACAACAGUAUCUGUCUAAACAAAAAGAAGAAAAAGAAAAGGAAGAACAACAGCAACAACAAGCCAGUAAUGGAAAUCCAAUACAUCGAGGGAAUAGAAUACCAACAUCAACAUUAACACCAUCACCAUUAGCCAACAAAAGAAAAACAUUAACACCAUCAGCUAUGCGGCCUGAGGCUUUAAUGCGUAGAGAUGAUCAUUCAAAUCCUCAUCGUCGUGAUGUAACACCUAAAAAACAUUUAAUGGAAGUGGAAGUACCUCGUAUUCUACAAGAGAUGACAGACUCUCCUGAAUGUAAACAACAUCAAUCAGAACAACAACAAUCAUAUCAACAUCAACAACAAUCAGAAUUAACAGAGAGUUUAGGAGGAUCAAUGAUGCCAUCUGGUUUUGCUCUUUUGAGUUCCUCUGAAUAUAUUCCACCUUUACGUUCCACUUCCGCCUCUACUACUCCAGGCCGUUCCUGUAGUUUACGAGAUACUCCCAUUACUCUCCAUAAUCAAUAUCAACAUCAACAAUCAUAUCAAUAUCAAUAUCAAUAUCAAAAAGAAAAAGAAAAAGAACGUUCAAGGAGUUGUAGUUCUCAUAAAGAACGAAAUUCCACACAUCUUUAUGAUGAACUUAUGCAUGGACGUCGAUCUUUGAGUAGUACUUCUUCCCAGCGGCCUCGUUGUGGUAUCUCAUCAUGGCGAGAUGCUUCUGGUGUGGAGAUCGCCGUGGAUGAUGUACGUUUAUUGCCUUCUAUCUAUGCUGAAGAAAUAGAAAAAGAAGAAGAAAAAGAAGAAAAAGAAAAAGAAGAGACUAUUACAGCUAUCAAUAUGAGAAGAAGAAGAACAACAACAACAACAAUGGCAACAGCAAUAGCAAGAAAAUCAACUACAACUACUACAACAACUAGUACUACAGCAAUGGUAACAGGAGCUAAAGAAAAGGAAGAAAAGAGUGAAAGAGAGGAAUAUGAGGGAAGAUUAGAAAAGGAAAGAAAUCCUCAACGUCGUCACACGGCAGGGGAUUUACUGAGACGUAGAAGUAGUAGUAGAAGCAGCCAACAUAAUAAUAAUAAUAAUAAUAAUAAUAAUAAUAAUAAUAAUAAUAAUAAUAAUAAUAAU